GCUUUGUGGGGUUGUAAAGGAGAUGGAUGCUUCAUAGACAAGGCAAACAAAGCAAGAAAUGCCAAGAUUCUUACUUGCCUCACAUUUUUAAGUCUUCUUUUUGGUGGUACAUUCUUCUUCUAAGCUUUGUGCCAUAAAAAUUGUUCCUAAGAUAUCAAAAAAGUUAUAUUCUUUGCCAGAUGGGCACACAUGAAACGCAGCGUUUCAGCCUUUAUGUUCUAAAACCACCCAGCCAGUCUCUCUUCGAAUAAUUUUGUUUUUCCUAUAUUCGGUUACGGAUUGACGGUCAUGCUGAGAGUUCCCGCCAUUUUUCAAAACAUUGGAAUCUCACACUUUCCAAUUUCACUCUCUGAUUUCCACAAAAACCUUACCAGCUUCUCCAAAUGCUUGGUGGGUUUGAUGACUUACACCAAAUUGACUACCCCAUCUUACAAGUCACUGCUCUCUGAUCACUUAAGGAACCAAAAACUCAACGAAGCUCGUCUAGUUUUCAAUGAAAUCCCUUUUCCGAGUGUUAGUUUGUACACCAUGAUGAUUACGGGCUAUUCGAGACAACAUAGGCUUGAUGAUGCUCUGAAACUGUUCUACGAAAUGCCUGUGAAAGAUACAGUGUGUUGGAAUUCAAUGAUGAAAGGGUGUUUGGAUUGUGGGGAUUUAAGUAAGGCUAAGGAGCUUUUUGAUGGAAUGCCUGGAAAGAGUGUGGUUUCUUGGACGACGAUUAUGAAUGGGUUCUUGCAGUUUGGUGAAGUUCAGAUGGCAGAGCGCUUGUUCCGCAAGAUGCCGGUGAGGGAUGUGGCUGUGUGGAAUUCAAUGGUUCAUGGAUACUUUAGUAAUGGACGAGUGGAAGAUGCUAAAAACUUGUUUAAGCUAAUGCCUUGUAAGAAUGUGAUUUCGUGGACUUCGAUGAUUGCCGGGCUUGACCAGAAUGGGAGGACGGAUGAAGCCUUGCUACUAUUUUGGGAGAUGAUGGGUUCUGGUGUACAGCCCACUUUGACCACAUUUGUCUCUGUGGUGAUAGCUUGUGCAAAUUUGUUGCGUUUACAUUUAGGUGUUCAGAUUCAUGGUCAGAUUGUCAAGUUAGGGUACUGCUUUGACGAGUUUGUAGCUGCUUCACUUAUAACACUCUACGCGAACUGCAAGCAAAUGGAGAAUUCUUACAAGGUUUUCAAGGAGAGUUUACAUAAAAAUGUUGUAGUAUGGACAGCUCUUUUAACAGGAUAUGGUUUGAAUUGUGAACACGAAGAAGCGUUAAAGGUUUUCAGGGACAUGAUGAAAUUGGGUGUCCUUCCAAAUCAGUCUUCUUUCACUAGUGCUUUGAAUUCAUGUUGUGGAUUAGAAGAUCUUGAUAGGGGCAAGGAGAUUCAUACAACAGCUAUUAAGAUAGGUUUUGAAAAUGAUGUCUUUGUCGGCAAUUCUCUUAUUGUCUUGCAUACCAAGUGUGGAAAUAUAAAUGAUGGAGUUGCUAUAUUUAAGAGAAUUGGUGACAAGAAUAUUGUAUCAUGGAACUCAACGAUAGUUGGAUGUGCACAACAUGGUUGUGGCAUGUGGGCUUUGACUCUCUUUAACCAAAUGAUACGUACAGGUGUCAAUCCAGAUGAAAUUACAUUCACAGGGUUGCUUUCUGCAUGUAGCCAUUCUGGGAUGUUGCAGAAAGCAAGACGCUUUUUCAAGUUUUUCUCGCAGCAUAAGUGUGUUGAGGUGAAACUUGAGCACUAUGCAUGUAUGGUGGAUGUCUUAGGACGAUGUGGUAAGUUGGAGGAAGCAGAGGAGCUGAUAAAGAACAUGCCUGUGCAAGCCAAUAAGAUGGUGUGGCUAACUCUACUUAGUGCUUGUCAGAUGCAUUCCAAUUUGGAUGUGGCUGAAAGAGCUGCAAAAAGCAUUGACGAUUUAGAACCGGACUGUAGUGAUGCUUUUGUUAUGCUAUCUAAUUUAUAUGCUUCUGCAAAUAGAUGGAGUGAUGUCGCCAGAAUUCGAGAGAAGAUGAAACAUAGUGGAACUGUAAGACAACCUGGUUCCAGCUGGGUUACUUAAGGACUGAGGCAUGAAUUUCUUUCUGGAGAUAGGUUGAACCUACUUAGCGAGCAAAUUCAUCAAAAACUGGAUUGGUUACAAGGAAAAUCAAAGAAACUUGGUUAUGUUCCUGAUCAACAGUUUGCAUUUCAGGAUGUUGAGGCUGAGCAAAAGGAAGAGAUGUUGUCUUACCACAGAAAGAGGCUAUGAUCUAUGAAAGGAGAUCAAAAAUGGUUUGAGUGGGUUUUGGUAGACCAGUUGAGAGCUAGUGAAGAUAUUAACCAAAGAUACUUGGAUGAAAAGACUGCCACUUGUGCUUUCAAACAAUUUUCUUUACCUAACCAUCAUUCUUUGCAUGUUUUGCUUCUCUAAUAUUGCAGAGAGUAAUUUCAGCCCAUAGAGGAUGCUGUAAUGUAAUGAGUCUCGGUCCUUGAGAACUGUCACAGAAGUUUUACAACCAUAAAACAUGUCGUUCUGUGGUGUCCAUCGAAGACCAGGUGAUCCCAUAUAGCAUGUUCAAAUGAUGUACUGAUGUACAACACCUUCAAGCAUAAAGGAGUCAAAGAAGAAAAAAAGACUAGACAAUAUUAAAUUGAAUGAAUUUGAUAAGAAAAAUUUGAGCUCAGUUUGUAGCUUUGUGAAA